AUGCUGCUAUCCGCACACUCAGAAUCAGCCACGGGCGAACACAAACCUGCUGUCACUAUCAGGGGUCUAGAGUUGUCAUCACGGACCCAGAAAUUGCUGCAGCUGGAACGGCAGUAUGUCGCCGGGGGAUUCGAGCCCGUACCUGCAUUCUUCGUCAAAGGCAAAGGCUCCAAGCUAUGGGACGUGGACGGCAAAGAAUACAUCGACUUUAUUGCCAUGUUCAGCGCGGUCAAUCAGGGCCACGCCCAUCCAUAUAUCGCUCAAAAGGUCAUCGAACAGAUGGAGAUGCUUCCUCUGGCUAACUUAUGCGGGCACAAUUCCUUGUACGGGCCCUUCGCCGAAAUGAUGUGCAACCGCUUCGGCUAUGACAAGCUCAUCUCUGUGACUUCCGGGACUGAAGCCGCCGACACCGCCUGCAAGGUCGCCAGGAAAUGGGGGAUCCAAUCCAAAGGUAUCCCGGCGGAACGCUGUCUCAUCCUAGGCGUCGGUUCCUCAUAUCACGGCCUCGGGUCGGCCGUAUGGGGCUUGAUGGAUCCGUCGGCUCAUCGCAGAGAAUAUGGCCUAGACAAUGCAUUGCUGAUGAAUGUCAACCCGUCCACGGGCGAGUCCUUGGCAUACCUUGACCUGCCAGCCAUGGAACGGUGCUUGGUUGAGCACAGUGACAGGGUGGCGGCAGUCAUCCUGGAAUGUUUCCAUGGCGCGACGCGGACGGUACAAGAGGAGGCGACAUACGCAAGAGGUGUAUAUGACCUGUGUCGCAAGCACAAUGUGCUUUUUAUUGCCGAUGAGGUCCGACAAGGCGCCGGCAAGACUGGCAAAUUCCUUUCCUAUCAAUACCUGGGCGAAGAUUGCAAGCCCGACAUCGUCACAAUGGGUAAAUCCAUCACAGGUGGUUUCUAUCCGCAAGCAUUCGUUCUGGGGACCGCAGCUGUCAUGUCGAUGGUGGGCACCUUCCAAAUGGCCACCACCUUCGGCCACACUCCUCUUGCUCUCGCAGCUGCACGAGCCAGCAUUGAGGUCAUCGACAACGAGGGUUUGAUGGAUCGAGCCGUAGCAAUUGGGCAAAGGUGGAAGGCCAUCGUCGCUGGUUGGCAACACCCCGAGAUUGACUAUGUCGCCAGCAUGGGUGCCGACUCGAAUCUUUUCUUCCGCAACUUGCGAGGACCUAGAGUGGCUGCACUUUGCAUGCACAAAGGUCUCUUCACACACCCGAGUCCUCGCGGUCUUCGUAUCAGCUUUGCCAUGACCAUGACCGACGAUGAACUCGAUCGGGGUGCAGCCAUCAUCAAAGAGACUCUGGACGAAAUCCAUACCUAUAAGGACAUCCCUGGAGAAUGGUUCGACGGAUCGAAGCCCGCUCAAUGA